ACCUAAAAUGGCGUCAAUGCAUUUCGUAGUUGUUGCACUUUUGGUGCACAUUCAAUUAUUAUGUUGUGUCAACGGAAACAGUUUUGAUCGAAAUUGGAGGUCAGUAGUUAAUAUAUUAAACGAUCUACAAAACACUAUUAAUAUUCAAAAUGAGCGAAUUUCCCUGUUAGAAAAGCAAAGGGACAUGCCAAACAUGGGAUCAUUUGAAGAACUUCAGAGGAUUAUCAUUACUCAAAACAAACGCAUUUCAUCUUUGGAGAGGCAAGUCAAUGACUUAGAAGAGACCAUUAUUAGCCAAUCCAGAGCAUCUGAAUCUCAAGGAAAUACCACAACCCAUAAGCAAUCUAAAAUUCCUGCUCACCAACGAAAACAUCAUCAACAUCCUAGCUCCAGUUUUAAUUUUCUUAGACCUCCACGCGUUUUCCAAGGGAAAGAAAGAACAACUUCAAAAAUAUCAAGAUUUACAAAAAAACCAAAGUGUGAAAAAUUACUAAGAGGAGGAAGACUUCUUGCUCCGUUAACAACGCCCACAACCUCACCAUCUCCAAGCAAUACGGUGGCGUUCUAUGCGUACUUGUCCAAAACAAUUCCUGCUUUCGUCGGCCAUCACAUCAUUACAUUCGAUGUAAUGGUAACAAAUGUUGGUAACGGAUAUCAUCCCUAUACUGGGAUAUUCAUUGCACCCCGAGCUGGAAUCUACGUUUUCGCCUGGACAAUAAGAAUGUAUGGGUCGUCCUCCCACACAACAGAAUUGGUAGUCAAUAGCAAUGUUGUUGGAGCAGUUUUUCUUAAUCCUUUAUCACAUAUUGAUGGUAGUGUAUCAAAUGUUGUUGCUGUGCACGUUAACAAAGGAGAUGACGUUUACAUAAGAACAGGGGACGACCGGAACUCAGGGGACAUAAUGAGUCAUUCCUGGGGCCGAUCCUCUUUUACUGGUUGGAUGCUGUCGUAG